CAUCUUUUACCUUUUACCUUUUUUCUUUUUUUCUUUUUUUCUUUUUUCUAUUUGUUAAUUGUUCUAUUUUCUUAAUUGAUCAAAAUGUCUACUGUUACCGAAAAAAUCAUUGGUUGGAAUAUUUUAUCAGAGGAAAUUAAAGCAAUCAAAUUGAAAGAUUUGGUUAAUUUAACUCGAACCUUUGAAAGUCUAAUUAAUGAUAUCAUAAUCUCUGAAAGUGAAAGAGCUGUUUUGGAAACUCAUAAAUCGGUUAUAAUUCGUGAAGAGAAACAACAAUCAUCUGUCAUUGAUUCGAAUAUUUCUUGGGAAGAUUCGCAACUGAACAAGUCAAUUUCUAAAGUUGAUUGGAGUAUCGAAGAGAAGGGAAAAUCAUCACCACCCGAAGAUAAAGACUCUGAAGUAUUCGUUUGGCCAAUGAUCGAUAUUAUGACUGAGGACGAAAUGAAUAAUGAGACUGAUCAUUGUAAUGGAGAUUCAGGUGAACCAGAGGAAGAAGAACAAAAACAAGAGAAAGAAAAAAGCUCCAAGAUGCUAAUCAAACUCUUUCGACGAUUUGACGUUUUGGACACUCGAAUAUUAAAUUUGAGUUCAUUUCCAUCCUUCAUAACAUUUUCUUUUCUCAACAACAAUUCAACUUGAAUUUUCUUUCGUUAAUUUAUUAUAAUCAUUUUCAAUUACCGACCUAUCAAUCAACACAACAACUAAUUCAUUAACACCAAUUUGAAAAGCAUUGAUCGACCACAAUCGAUCUUCUUCUCUUCUUUUCUGAUCUUUAAUCGAUCUUUUCUAAUCUAUUUCAUCGAUUCUCUUUUUCUCACUGCGAAAGCAGUAAGAGGAAGCUCCUUUUUCUCCU